AUGUCACGUUCUGGGUGCCGCGUGCUGCCCCGUCGCUCUCUUGUGCGCUCACUUCUCAUUCUUACUGCCAACGAGUCACUGGAGGCAGCAGCCAAGGCGGCGGGGGGAGCGCUUUCCCCCUUUGGGGGGGCCAUGGGCGCAGUCACAGUGGAGCGCGGGCAGGAGCAGGGGGAUGGCCCGGGGGCAGGGGGAGGCGCAGGGGCGGGGAAGGGUGGGGGAGGGCGGAUGGUAGACGCAUCUGCUGCAGCUGCAAUCGCGGCUAUGGUGGGGGAAGGGUGGGGGGGCGGCGGUGGUAAGGGGAAUGGCACAGUGGGGGAAGGAGGGUCGGGGUUGGGGGGUAAGAGAGGGGGAGGGGCGGGGCAGUCGCACUGUGCCUUGUUCCACUCCACCGCUGUCUUCAGCCUUCCCGCCGACCAGCAACCGGUGGCGGGUGUGUGGAACGUGGGGGUGUUCAGCGAGUGGGGGCCAGCACGCACGCAGUCCCAGAUGGUGCUGCGGGGGGGCAUCCCUCCCAUUCAACCGGUAGCAGGCGUGUGGAACGUGGGGGUGUUCAGCGAGUGGGGGGCGGCGCGCACGCAGUCCAAGAUGGUGCUGCGGGGGACAUCGCACACCUUCGACCUCGCCCUCACCGCCUUCUCCUGCUUCAACGCGCCGCUGCUCUCCGGCCGCUUCUGCAAUGACUCGCGCACGCCGCUGCCUCUGCACCCCCUCUCCUCCCACACGUUUCUCCCUGCUCGCCCUCCUGUGACACCGCAAGCAGCCAAUGCUUCGUCUGGAAACGACUCCUCCUCCCCCCCCGCCCCAUCCCCAUCCCCCUCCGACCCCUCGUCCCGCCAUCACGAUGCAUUCACAGCACCGGGCAUGGACGCCCUGUACGGGGGCUCUCUCACUCACCAGUGCCUGCGCGCCUCCUCUCCCCCGCUCCUCUUCACCCUCGCCAUCCCCCAGCCCCUGCCCAAGCUCCUCAUCUCCAUCUACCCCGAACCACCCUCCUCCUCCUCUGCCUCCUCCGCCUCCCCCCUCCCGUCCUGGCUCACGGGUCACGCCCGCUCUGCCAACGCCUCUCCCUCCGUGCAGCUGCGCCGCAUGGCUCUCCUCGGCCCGUCGAAUCGCGGCGCGCCAGCUGGACCCUCCUUUUCCGUGCAGCCGCGUUCAGAGACCGAGGAGCAAGCAGGCAGCAGCAACAGCGGCGAUGUUAGGGGCAAUGGAGGGCAGGAGGGGAGGGGGGGAGCGGAGGGGGGGGCGGGGGUGGACGUGUGGUGGAGCGAGGGGCGCAUGGACAUUGGCAGCUGGCAGGCCGUGGCUGACCCGGGCUCCUGGCACCUGCUGCUCUCCCACCCUGCCAGCAGCGCUGCGCGGAGUGGGUCCGGUAAUGGCAGCACGGCUAGCAACAGCAGCAGCAGCAGCAUUGGUGUCAACGGUAGUACCAGUGUUAGCAGUGGUGGUGGUGGCAGUGGUGGUAGGGAGGGGGGAGAUGGAGGGUGGUGGGCGUCGCUGUGGGGGGGGUCGUGGGCGCACGGGCAGCAGGGGGGGGCUGCGGAUGAGGGAGAAGGGGGCGGAGAGGUGUGUGUGAGCAUCCAAUGGAAGGCUGCCACGUGUUUCCCCCGCCUCACUGGGCCUCAGUGCCAGUGGCCGCUCAUUCCCCUCGAGCCGCACCUGCUCUCAUGGUCGUACGAGUCAGGCCUCGACGCAGCCUACCUGCCCCCCGCCUCGCCUGCCCCGCCCUCCCUGUGGGCGUCGUGGUUCCCCGUGCCCGUUGCCGCCUCGCCCUCCCCUGCGCGCCCCUCCUGGGCCUUCCUCUCGCUCGCUCCGCCCUUUGGGGCGCGCGGGGGCGUUCUCUCCAUCCACCUGCGCCUCCGCCCGCUCAGGCAGGGCCCAGGGGCGGACGGGGAUGGGGAAGGGCAAGGGGGAGAGGGGGAGAGUGGAGGCAGUGGCAACAACAGCAGUGCAGGGGGGGUGGCAGUGGGGUCAUCCGGUGCAGCUCCGACGGCGUUUGUGUAUCUGCUCGUGCGUGCCGGUGGCCUGCCGUCCCUCACACGCUUUGAUGCCUCCGCUGUCGCACCGGCCACAGAUAUGGCGGCCAGGGGCGGGCAGCUGUCGCUGGAGCUCAUCCACCCCGCGGAGGUCACCACCUUCGUGGCCGUGGGGCUGGACGCUGCCGCGCCACGCACAAGCGAGGGGGGCAAGGAAGAGAGUGACGAAGAGGGGGAGGGGGAGGGGGGCGACGGGGAGUGGGCGUGGGAGUGGGAGGUGCGGGUGGUGCAGCAUGGGUGUCCCAACGGCUGCUCGGGCAGUCCCUGCCACGUCAUGGCAGACGGCGCCUUCCAAUUCGGUGUCUACUACUGCUUCUGCGAUCGGUCGCACGGGGGGGUGGACUGCUCCAUUGAGACCGUCUCACAGCUAGGCAUAGAGCAGCAGCGCUGGGCGCUGGUGGGGAGCAACGUGGUGGCUGUGCUGCCAGCCAUGGUUUCGCUGUACCUUGGAGCAUACCCCGAGUGGGUGAUGUUCUCGCUCAACGGGCUCUGCAGCGCCCUCUACCACCUGUGUGACACGGACGGCUGGUGCGCUGCGCGCUACCCCACGCUGCAGUUCGCCGACUUCUACUCGUCCUUCCUGGCCGUGCUGCUGGCCUUCCUGCACGCGGCCCAAGUGCCCAUCUGGCCGCGCUUCCUCUUCUUCGUCCUCGCCUCCUUCUCCACCGCUGUCAUGGCUGUCGACCGCGCCACCAGCGGCGCCUCACGCCCUCACGCUCCUCCAACGCCUUCCACCUUGCCGGCCGUGUGCCCUCGCUCUCACUUGCCUGCCUGCCAAGGGACGAGAGGACGCCCUUUAUUUUCCUACCGGGCUUAUCAACCCCACGCCACGCAGCAAGGUAGCUCAGCUGAUUCUCUCAACAUUUCCUUCCUCCCUCAACAGCCAGCCGUCCUCCCUGUACUGCCAGCCGUCCUCCCUCUACUGCCUGCCUUGCCUUCUUCGUCGCCCGAAUCGUCUUCCCCGUGUGUGCCCCCCCCGAAAACCAUCAUGGGCAGUGGGUGGAGCAUCGUGGUGCUGCUGGCGCUGGGAGCAGCGGCGCUCAUCACCGGCUGGUUCAUUCGCCUCGCUGCUCUGCGCCGCUCCUCCUCCGCCUCCUCCUCCGCCGCCCCUCAUGCCCCCCACACGCCUCUCGAGGCGGCAAGCUGCGCUGUGCAGUCCGCGGAAGAGCAAGGGGGCUCCCGGCAUGGGCACGUGGAGGAGGAGGGCGCGUCUCUGCUGCCGCCCCCUUGCAGCAGUGACGGGGAGUGGCCAUGUGGGGUCACGAGGGAAAGUAAAGCGCGGCAGCACGCAUCGGUGUGGAGAAGAAUGUUCCAAUGGUGUGUGUGUGGUGGUGAUGCCAUGGCAUUGACUGCAUGGCAUUGA